AUGUCCGCCGAAGUUGAAAAUGUUGCUCCAGUCAACGGAAAGGGCGAUGAGAAGCCGGAAAAGUAAGUUUCUUGUGUUUUAUUUCAAGUUUAAUUUUUUCACGGUCUGAAUUAAUUAUUUCAGCAAGGAAAAGCAGCUUGGUACCCUUCUGGCUGAAGGAAAGAAGCUUUUGAUCGCUGGAAAUGUCGAUUUGGCCAUUGACAAGCUCUCGGAUGCAGCUCUUCUUGGGUAAGAUAAAGUUUCAAUUUUUAUGUUCUGAUUUUAGAAGCACAGUGUACGGAGAGCUCGGACGUGAGAUGUAUGAGGUCUACAUGAGCUAUGGAAGGGCCCAGUUGGAAAGUUGCAACGAGAUGGCCACCGUGGUAAAUACCAAGGUUGACGAUGAAGCUGAUUCCACGGAUGAUGAGGAGGAUGGCGAAGGAGAAGAGAACGGCGAAAAGAAGGAGGAAAAUGGCGAGGAGAAGAAGGAAGCGACAGAAGAAAAGAAAGAGGGCGAAGAAAAGAAAGAUGACGAAGAAAAUGAAGAGGGAGAAGAAAAAGAAGGUAAUGAAGAAGCACAGGCAGAAGAUACAGCCUCAGUAAAAGAUGGAGAAGCCCCUGUGGAUGACGCUUUGACUGAUAUGAUCCGUUCAGCCUGGGAUCUCUUUGAAUUGGCCAAGAAGAUCGCUCAAAAAGAAGUGGAUACUCAAGAAGAUCAAGAAAAGAAGGUUUGGAUCAGACGUCUUGCCGAUGCCAGUGUUGGAAUUGGGCAGCUAAUGAUCAUCGACGAGCAAUAUGAUUUGGCACUUGAGGAGCUAAACAACGCCUUGACUGGAAAGAAAGAGGUUCUGGACGAGUUUGACCGAGAAAUCGCUGAAGUUCAAGCGGAAAUCGCUCGGGUGUUGUCUCUAAAAGAAGAAUUCAAACUUGCCAGUCAAUCCUAUCAGGAUGCCCUCAAUGUGAUCCAAAAAUCAAUUGGUACGUUUUUUCUUUCUUUUUUUGUUAAAAUUAUAGGUGGUUUUUCAACUUGUACAUAUUUUUGAUUGAGUCAGGUUUAACUUGUUAAAUUUCAGAGAAUUGUGAGUCCAAGAAGACGGAAGAGAACGCCAAGAUCAUCGAGAAGGAGAUCAACGACCUUGAGGAAAUCAGUCGAGACAUUCAGAACAACAUCAACGAACUCUCCGAUCAAGUUGCACUUGACCAAAAGAUCAAGGAUGAACUCAAAAAACGGAUCUUUGGUUCUGAACCCUUCCAACAAGUAGAAGCCAAAGAGGGCGAAGAAGUGAAUGACAUCACCGAAUUGGUCCGCAAACGCAAAAAGCAACCAGAAUCAGAGGAAGCCGACGAAAAACGCGCCAAAACUGAGUAA